GUUAGUCGGCCCUGUUCCGAUCGGCAGUAUCCGCAUGUCUGCUGCGGAUACUGAUGGUUCUUCAUUUCAGGUGCUAGCGACUAAUAUUCGGCCUCCUUAACGUCAUCAUGAAGCUGAAUCCUUUUGUAACAUCCUCUCGCCGUAAAAACCGCAAGAGGCACUUCAAUGCUCCCUCACACAUCAGGAGGAAGAUCAUGUCUUCUCCUUUGUCCAAGGAGCUCCGCCAAAAGUACAAUGUGAGGUCCAUGCCCAUCCGCAAAGAUGAUGAAGUCCAGGUUGUCCGGGGACACUACAAAGGCCAGCAGAUUGGCAAAGUGGUGCAGGUCUACAGGAAGAAGUAUGUCAUCUACAUCGAGCGUGUGCAGAGAGAGAAGGCCAAUGGAACAACAGUCCACGUUGGCAUCCAUCCCAGCAAGGUGGUCAUCACCAGGCUAAAGCUGGACAAGGAUCGCAAGAAGAUCCUGGAACGCAAAGCCAAAUCUCGUGCUGAUGGAAAGGAGAAGGGCAAAUACAAGGAGGAGACCAUUGAGAAGAUGCAGGAGUGAUAUUGAUCUUUUGUUAUCAAUAAAUUGUAUAAAUGGA